GGCUAAAUCGUGUCACUUCAAAUGGAACGUAAUUAGCCGGAGAAGAUGGCCAACGCCGCCCUCAACCACCGUACUCUUCCACCACACCGAUUCAUCGCCACGCCGCCGCCGCCGACGUCCCAUCCAACUACCUUGAAACUGAUUGAAGCAAAAAGACUGUUUCACCCUCUGGUUCCCCCUUCGUUAUCUACCCACAACAAUCUUCCAUAUCAACUGCGCAAAUAUAGCUCCGGUGUACAAUCAUGUCUUUCUUCUUCUUCUUCUUCUUCUUCUUCUUCUUCUUCUUCUUCUUCUUCUUCUUCUCCACCCAGGAAUGGGUUCAAUUCAUCCAUCCGGCUCUUCGUUAGUGGGCUUUCAUUUCGAACCACGGAGGAGAGUUUAACAAACGCAUUCAAAAACUUCGGUGAGCUCACAGAAGUAAACUUAGUGAUGGAUAAGAUAGCAAACAGGCCGAGAGGCUUUGCGUUCUUGGCAUACGCUACGGAGGAGGAGUCCAAGAAAGCUAUCGAAGGAAUGCAUGGGAAGUUUCUGGAUGGACGAGUUAUUUUUGUCGAGAUUGCCAAACCUAGAGCUGAACUCCGGCAGGGAAUCAGGCGGAACCCUAGCUAGAUAGAGAGCUGCAUUUAAUUGUCACGGGGUAAAUUAUAAGCCAAGAAUUUUUUGUCUAUUGUACUGGGUAGAUUGAAUGAGGAAACGGCGUGUAGUUCGACAACACGAUACAUUAUUGUAACACCAUCAAUGAAGGCAAACAUAACAUAUACAUUGGCUUCGGACAA